ACGCAGCACACACAGCCUCGCCGGAGUCACUCCCCCUCGCUCGCCCGCCCCGGGCGGCUGGGGUCCCCUCCGGAACGCGGGCGCCGCCUCGCCGCCGCCCCCGGCCUCACCGUGCGCCCCGCCCGCGCCGCGCCCCCGCCGCCUCCCGCCGCCGACAGGGACCCGGCCCGGCAGCCCGUGGCCCGGCGGGGCCCGAGAGGCGGCGGCGGGGAGGGCGGCUCCGCGGACGGACACGCGGACGGGCGGACGGACGGACGGACGCAGCAGCGGGCCAGCAGCGGCCGAGCGGGACGGCGGCGGCUCCGGGCCGCAGCCUCGGGGGCCGGGGCGCGCCGGCCGGAGGAGCCACUGAAGUAACUCCAAGCUGCUGUGCCUGGUGGCCACGCAGGGGCUGGCUCGGGACCUGGAGUCACCAUGGCGGCGGGCGUGGCGGCUUGGCUGCCCUUCGCGCGGGCCGCGGCCAUCGGCUGGAUGCCAGUGGCCAACUGCCCCAUGCCCCUGGCCCCGGCCGACAAGAACAAACGGCAAGAUGAGUUGAUUGUCCUCAACGUGAGUGGCCGGCGCUUCCAGACGUGGCGGACCACGCUGGAGCGCUACCCGGACACGCUGCUGGGCAGCACGGAGAAGGAGUUCUUCUUCAACGAGGACACCAAGGAGUACUUCUUCGACCGGGACCCCGAGGUCUUCCGCUGCGUACUCAACUUCUACCGCACUGGCAAGCUGCACUACCCGCGCUACGAGUGCAUCUCGGCCUAUGACGACGAGCUGGCCUUCUACGGCAUCCUGCCCGAGAUCAUCGGGGACUGCUGCUACGAGGAGUACAAGGACCGCAAGCGCGAGAAUGCUGAGCGCCUGAUGGAUGACAACGACUCGGAGAACCACCAGGAGGCCCUGCCAUCGCUCAGCUUCCGCCAGACCAUGUGGCGCGCCUUCGAGAACCCACACACCAGCACGCUGGCGCUGGUCUUCUACUAUGUCACUGGCUUCUUCAUUGCCGUGUCGGUCAUCACCAAUGUGGUGGAGACAGUGCCCUGCGGCUCGGUGCCUGGGCGCAAGGAGCUGCCGUGUGGCGAGCGCUAUUCUGUGGCCUUCUUCUGCCUGGACACAGCAUGUGUCAUGAUCUUCACCGUCGAGUACCUGCUGCGGCUCUUCGCCGCACCCAGCCGCUACCGCUUCAUCCGCAGCGUCAUGAGCAUCAUCGACGUGGUGGCCAUCAUGCCCUACUACAUCGGCCUGGUCAUGACCGACAACGAGGACGUGUCGGGCGCCUUCGUCACGCUGCGAGUCUUCCGCGUCUUCCGCAUCUUCAAGUUCUCUCGCCACUCGCAGGGCCUGCGCAUCCUGGGCUACACGCUCAAGAGCUGCGCCUCAGAGCUCGGCUUCCUGCUCUUCUCCCUCACCAUGGCCAUCAUCAUCUUCGCCACUGUGAUGUUUUACGCCGAGAAGGGCUCCUCGGCCAGCAAGUUCACGAGCAUCCCUGCCUCCUUCUGGUACACCAUUGUCACCAUGACCACGCUGGGCUAUGGGGAUAUGGUGCCCAAGACCAUCGCAGGCAAGAUCUUUGGAUCCAUCUGCUCCCUAAGCGGCGUUCUGGUCAUCGCCCUGCCUGUCCCUGUGAUUGUGUCCAACUUCAGCCGAAUUUACCACCAGAACCAGAGAGCUGAUAAACGCAGGGCACAGAAGAAGGCCCGCCUGGCCAGGAUCCGGGUGGCCAAGACAGGCAGUUCCAACGCUUACCUGCACAGCAAGCGCAAUGGACUCCUCAACGAGGCACUGGAGCUGAUGGGAACCCCGGAAGAAGAGCAGGUGGGCAAGACCACCUCCCUCAUCGAGAGCCAGCACCACCACCUGCUGCACUGCCUGGAGAAGACCACUGGGUUGUCCUAUCUUGUGGAUGAACCCCUGUUAUCUGUCCGAACCUCCACCAUCAAGAACCACGAGUUUAUCGACGAGCAGAUGUUUGAGCAGAACUGCAUGGAGAGCUCCAUGCAGAACUACCCCUCCACGAGAAGCCCCUCCCUGUCCAGCCACCAGGGCCUCACCACCACCUGCUGCUCCCGCCGCAGUAAGAAGACCACUCACCUGCCCAACUCCAACCUGCCAGCCACGCGCCUGCGCAGCAUGCAAGAGCUCAGCACGAUCCAUGUCCAAGGCAGCGAGCAGCCCUCCCUCACGACCAGUCGCUCCAGCCUUAAUUUGAAAGCAGACGAGGGACUGAGACCAAACUGCAAGACAUCCCAGAUCACCACAGCCAUCAUCAGCAUCCCCACGCCCCCCGUGCUCACCCCAGAGGGGGAAAGCCGACCUCCCCCUGCCAGCGCAGGUCCCAACACGAACAUUCCUUCCGUAGCCAGCAACGUGGUCAAGGUCUCUGCCUUGUAAGAUCACGGGACAGAGGGGCCAGUACAGGCAGUGGGAGCCAGGGGCCUGGCAUGUGGGCGGGUGGCCUCGGGGCUACUCCCUCCCCUGCCCCCACUAUUUCUGCCUUUCCCUUGCACUCCUUGCACUGAAACUUGUGCCUGGAAGGGAAAUGGCAGUGAAGGGGCACCUGAGGUUCACCGCUGAUAGCGUGAACGUAGCCCUGUGAAUCAGAAGCUCACUGGGGCCAGAGGAAGGGGUGGGGGUGAGCUGGAGCGGAGGGGUGUACGCCUGGCCAGCGUAGGCCUGCAGGGGAAGCCUCAGAACGCACUGCAAUUGUUUCUGGAGACCCAGUGACAAAAAGGCAAAACCAGAAGCAGCACAAAGGCCAAGAUGUCACACGCAGAACAGAAAGAAAAUAUAACACUGUGUAUUUAAGCACCUUUCUCAAGGCUCUUAAUGGAUAAUAUUUAUUCAUGGGAAAAGGUGGUAAACAAAAAGCACCAAUGGAUUUUUGUGAAAUGUUUUUCUCCAUGGACCCGAUAACUUUGAACCAAAACAAAGCAUUUUGUGAGGGUUUUUCCCCUUUUUCUCCUUUUAUAGCAAAAGCUUUUAGGAUAAGAAGUCAGUUGCUGCUGAGUUCUCUCUCCAUUCCCCAGGAGGGUGAGGUCAAGUGGGCCCUGGGCCUCCACGGCCCAGCUGACCUGCGCCACGCUGCCAAGUGACUGCGCAGCCCCCUGCCUGUGUGUGUGUCCCUGUCUCCUGUCUCUGCAGCAGCCCCUAGCUGUGUGCGUGUCCAGCCAUCUGUCUGUGAGCCCCAGUGCUCUCGGUGUCCAUAAGGAAAGCCAGUCCCACAGCCCAGCGCCUGCCAGAGCUCCAUGUGACUCCAGCUGUGGAAGCAGAAGGGAUGAAGCGAAAGGAAACGGGGAGAGGUCAGGCAGCAGGAAGCCAGGCUCUGCGUGCUCUCGCAGAGUGAGGCGCUUCCUUGCACUCGGAGCCAAGGGCGGGCAGUUUGCAGUUCGGGAGUGUAAGGGAAGACCAGAUUCCCCACACUGGGGUCAUGACCAAGGAAAGAGCAAUGUGCAAUGGAGAGCCCCCAGGCCCUGGCUCUGGGCAAACCCAUGCAGACAGCCCCAGGGCUUCCUGCAGAAGGCAGUGGGGUGGGACCUGGACUCUGACUGUGCAUUGAGGGAGGUCACCCCUAUGGUCCCAGGGCUAGAACUCAGUGACGCCACAUCUGCUCUGAAAGAUGCUCUGACCUCUGACACCUCUGAAGAUAACUGAAAUGGAAGUUAUCUUGAAGAUAACUUGAAGAUAACUGAAGUGGAAGCAGGUAACACCAAUCAAUGGUGGGGAGGGCUGUGCGUACUUCUGAGAAACCUGGAAACCGCUUCUGAUCAAGUGUCUUGUACCCCUGCUGGGGCUGGGGAUGGCAUUUCCAGAAUUCUGUUUUCACUGCUUGCCACAGAGCUGGUGGGCAUCAAGGUUAGCGACAGCCUUCUCCGCGCAUGCCCCAGCCCCCCGUCACCCUACUGCCACCUCCUCCCUGGGCUCCAAGGGACAUGAGCUCUUUCUCCAUUCUGCACCUAGGGAUUAGCUGUUGAGUUGUACACAAGGAUUUUUCUUCCCACCUUGGCCAUCUAAAUGUGUUACUAGCCAAGACUCUAACAAUACUUUCAACGGGCUUCCCAGUGACCCCACUCCAGAGACCCUGUUAGAAGGGGAAAUGGUUGGGAGGCGGCACCUACCCAGCAGAUGGGCAGAAGGGGGAGGGGGGAAGGAAACCUUAGGUCCUUACCUCUUACCUCUGUCCCACUGACCACUGAGUCCUUGCUCUCUGGGUCUGGCCAUAAAGAUUCACCGCUCACACAGGAAUGCAGUGGGAGUCUCUGUUCCUCUGCGCUUGCACUCUGGGCAGGCAGGAAGCUUCACCACCACAGAAAAGCAUGUGUAUGUGCAGGUGUGCACACACAAGCAAGAGAAACAUGAGUUUGUGCCUACAUCCCUGCACUUCAUAUGUGUAACUCACCAGGCAAGUCACAGGCUGGGGCUGGGCUCCUUUCAAUGGGAAACAGAGGACUUUCCCUGGGGACGGGAGAAUGGAUAUGGCGCAAAGGGAGGAUGCCUAAGUACCUAAUCUCUCUAGCAACUGCGUGGGAAAGGGCUGCAAGGGUGAGAGGGAGUGUAGCCAUAGAAAGCUGUGUCCAAACCUGGGCAUUACACAGCAUAAGAACUGCUCAUCCGGGCGGGGGGUGACAGCCAAGCACACUGGGUUUUCCCAUCAAAAUGAAGGCCACAUUUCCAAAAACUUCCUAUGUUUUUCAUUAACUCCAGUGAGCUGAAUGUUUUAUAUUCAAUUUCGCUUUAAAUCCUGUACUCUGCCAGCCCCUGAGACUGUUACACUCUCUCCCCCACCACCCCCUUCAUUCCCAAAGCCUUGGCCAGGGAGAUGAGUCCAGAGAGGAUGUCGACCAGGAAAAUGCUCAUCUGUACGAGACUAGUCAGACUACACAGCUAAGGGCACUAUAUGUAAACAGUGUGGGCUGAAUCUGUUCAAUGACUCUAACUUAUUGGCCAAUGACUGAAGAAUAGAAUUAUCAAAGGUUUUCUGGGACUAAGGUUUCCUGGUGCAAUGACUUGAGUUUUCGUGAACCAUUUCAGCACAAUAGGAGAUUCCUGAAACCACCUAUCCCAUUCAGUCCCACUCAACACCAGGAGCUGUUAAAAUAACAAAACAAACAGAACAACCAUAUACCAGAAAUAGAAGAGUUCUAGAAUAUCUAACAGAAGAAAAUAUAAUUCACGUUGCACCAUAGGAAAAGCCAACACCCAGAGGAAAUGACUUGCUCAAGGCCAUACGGUUCUUGCAGGGCUGGGCUCAAAACCCGAGUGCCGUGGUUAUUAGUUUACUGCGUUUCCCACGCACCCACGGCCCCUCCACAUGACGAGGGCUCAGAAGAGUUGCAAAGAACCCAGGCUAUAGCCAGAGACAAGGGCUGAUGGAAACGUGGGUACUUUCUGGACACAGCCUUUAGAAACCACCUGAUUUUGCUAAUAAAAACCAAACUUGGGAAAAGUACCAUUCCCUCCGUAGAACUGAUAACCAGUUUUGUUAAAAACAGGUAAACAAGUGAACUGUUUGGUUGUUGGUUAAUGUUUUGUUUUGUUUUUUCAGUCAAAUACUACACAGGGUUAAGGCAAUGACAUUUUAAAGCAUACCUUUACAGUCCUUUAGUUUCUCAGUUCCUGCAUUACAACCUCUGGUGGUAGCAACGAAAUAAAUCCUCAAUCCACAGAGAGGAAAACACACAGGAAGAUUCCAAGUUCAUGUGGAAAAUCGUGGCAGAAUUAAGCUGCAAUCCAGGGCUUAGAUGUCUCAUCCUGGAAUUCUCCUUCACAUUUAUGUUGCUAUGUACCUGGAUCUCAAAAGUGCUCAUUAAGGGAAGGAAGUACUCCAUUUAUAACCCUAACCCAGGACUUCCAAAAGCAAACUCAACCACUUCUUCACUUCUACUUCCCAACUAGUGUCACGCUCAGGACUAACUGCAUAGAACUCUGUUCGAAAGACCAGAUGUUCAGGCUAGAGAGAUUAAGGCAUUUGCCUUGCAAACUGAUGAGCCUAGUUCAAGUCCCCUAAGCAGAGCCAGGAGUAAGCUCUGAGCACCACAAGGUAUGGCCUAAAAAUCAGAUAAAAACAAUAAGCCUGGCAGUUCUCAACAAUAAUCACUAGUCUACAAUUAUGGGGGAGUUUGAGGUCAGCAAGUAGGAAACAUUAAUAAGACAAAGACAUUGAAAUUAAACAGUAAAUGCUGAUCCAGGAUUAAGAGUCACAUUCACAGAGUCCACUCGUAGUUUUGCUGAGGACUUUAUCCAGUUUUCAGAGUAUGAUCCUGCAGUCAGGAUCAUGUCACAACUUGUUAGAAUAUAGGCAGGGAAAGAAUACACUGAAACAGUAUGUACCUAGAUUUUUUUCCUUGCCUUUAAAAAAACCUUUGCAUAGGUAGUGGUUGAAACUGAGUCAAACCUAGAUCUUGAGGUUAUUAGUGGCCCAAGCACCUUCAAUUAACCAGGUAACAACACAGAGAAAGACUCCAUGCAGUUCAUCUAAGGCAGCCGUAGUUUUUCUUCUAAACUAGCGUGGUAACCAUGACAAAGAGAAAUCUGCAAGGAUUCUUUUCCCUUUCUGAAUUUGCUUAUGAAAUCUCAUCAGUUGAAAAGCUUUACAAAGACUUAUGGAAAAACAUAAUUGAGGACCCGUGACCCUUGGAGCCCAAAGGCAAUCAUGAGCUCAUCAUUAGAACAGAGAGAAUGUGGCAGUGAUGAAAAGAAACAGCUUUAAAAGGGUUCCUUUGAGUCUUCUUUUCUAUUCAGAAUGUUGCUUUUUUCCCCCAAGUUGUGGUAAAGACACUUAUUCUGGCAGGUUACUCAACUACACUGGAUGUCACUCGAACCAGUGUAGGCACUGAGACUAGCGUCCUAGGGGGCUCCUUGGACCAAUGGACUAUUUUACAAACCUGGGAGGUGGGAGGGAUGGUCUAUUUUUGAUACCCAGACAUUCCAAUGUAAUGUUUUCCUUAGAGGUCACCCCCCAUUAAUGUUAUUGUGAAAAAGCAUCAAGUGUGUUCUUUUCUAUUUUCUUAUAAUAAAUGGGCUUUGCUUACCAACAUCACAACGGCAAAGAAAAACUGUACAAAACUGCAGGAAGAAACACAUGUGAAAACUUUCUGUGGAAAACAGACAACUCUUGAGUUUCCAGUCAUCUUCUUUUGACUGUACUGCAUAUGUUAAACAUGUAUAUCAUUUACGGUAUUGAGUCGUGUGCCACUGCUGUAUCUGAUGUAUCCAAUCUGGAUUAAACAAUGUGCCACAAACCCAA